AUGUCCUCUCCCGUCGUAGCUGAAGCAUCUUACCCUCAAAUACGAGCGCUUUCUCUCAACCAGAGAUUGGUGUCAAAUUGUGAGCUGGAAGCAGCGGUCAAGGCAUGCGACAAACUGCACGGCUCUAUUCCCAUUGACGAGCCUUUGCCGCUGAAGGACAAGUGGGUGCUGUGGGAGCAGCUCACUCUUCAUAAGAACGCCGCUACACCUGAGCCCAAGUCCGAGGACGCCGAGGGUGAUGGUGAUGCUUCCAAGCAGCAGCAGCAAGUCGACCUCACGGAAGUGGCAGUAGCAGCUGCUCGUGGAAUAUCGAACUUUGGCGAGCUCACCAAUCGAGUUGCUGAGAUCUCAACUGUGCAAGACUUUUGGAAGUACUACAAUUUCCUCCCACAGCCAAGCGCUGUUAUCGGAGACAACCUCAGAAUCGUCAGAUAUGACAUGUUGGAGAACGGCGAGAUGUCCAAGACGCCGACUCACUCUCUAGGGGCUCUCAUGCUCUUCCUGGACGGUGUCAAGCCCGAAUGGGAGGAUCCGGCCAACGCCAAGGGGGGCCACUUCCAGUUCACGAUGCAAGCAGCUGCUUUCAAGUCCAAGGCGUCCUUCGACUUCGAAGCUUCCAACCCUGUCACACAGGUCAAUGCUGGCCUAGCACUUAUGGACGAAAUCUGGAAUAACCUUGUCCUCGCUGUCGUAGGCAACACUCUGGAGCCAAAGGAUUUCGUCACGGGCCUGAGGCUAGUUGAUAAGGUUAAGCGUGGUAAUGUCCGAGGGGGCUCUUCUCGAAGUAACGCUAGCGGCCAUCUACGAGCAGAGGUGUGGUUUCGUGAUAUUGAUAAGGAUAAGGUGAGAAGACUUCGAGAGUCUAUGGAGAUGGUUAUGCGACAACGGCUGGAUCAGAAUGCAGUCGUGGACUUCUCGUCAGAUGGUAGUUCCGGGUGCUUACUGGGCUCGUCGUUUUCCUGGGAAUCAAAUUCGUGGAGUGUUGUUGUCUUCUUCUCGGGUACAGCUCCUCCUAUUUUCCCUGGAUACCGUUUGGACUUGCGUCCUCAUGAUGACACCGCGAUGCAACAGAACGUCCAGGAUUCCAUCAACACGAGGAAACAGUACAAGAGGACGAAGACUCGGAAGCAAAUUAUGAAUUCAGCGAGAUCUCGUGGCGAGUUUAACUAA